AUGAAAGCAGCUCAGCUAAGCAGAAUCGAUGUAAGCGUAGAAAAAUAUAUAGAUCGAAUUUGGCAUUUAAUGCAUUCUGAAAAUUCGAAAAAAAUCGACAAAUCAAAAUUGAAGGAAAUAUUCAGACAAGAUAGUAAAGAACAAUUUUAUGAAUACGUGGAUACGGUAUUUGCUGCACAUCUUAAAUAUCGACAUGGCUACGAUAUAGAUGCUCCAUGUUGGGACUUUAUUACAUCAUUUUUCUUUACGGCAACAAUGUUAACAUCAAUUGGAUAUGGUUAUGUUGUACCAUUAACAUUCUUUGGGCGUUUAUUUGGUGUCAUCUAUUGUCUUAUCGGAAUUCCAUUAACACUAGUUACAGUGGCUAACGUUGCUAAGUUUAUAUCAGAAUGCGCUUUUUUGUUACAUUACAAUUUCUGGAAAAAGUUAACGAUGUGGAAUAGUCGUCGGAAAGGAAGCGCGAUUCAUCAGCAUGAAACAAUUUUUGACGAAAACGAAAAUGAACAAGAAUUGUUAGAGAAAGUAACGCUUAUUCGUUUUCCACCGGUAAUCUUAUUUUUAAUUGUAUUCGUUUAUGGACUUUUCGGCUCAUAUAUUAUUCAAAAGAAGGAGCACUGCUGGACUUACAUAGAAUCAGUGUAUUUCACAUUUAUCAGCAUUUUAACAGUUGGUUUUGGUGAUUAUCGUCCGGAACAACAAAAUAUGCUGGUAGUUUUAUGUGUCAUUAUGGGUGGCUUGAUUUUAACAACAAUGUGUAUGGAUGUAGUUGGUCGAAUGUAUCUGAAGGAAAUUCAUUACAUUGGUCGUAAAAUUCAAACGAACAAUCCACUCUUUCUCAUACGUGAAGCAAAAGCAAAACGACGACGACAAGCAACUGCAAGUGUGCUUUUGGAAUUCGCAAGAAGUAUGAUAUUCGAACGUGAUGAUAAUGAAAUAGGUAUGAUUGCCAGAAGGCGAAUGAGUAGAAAAUUUCAAAAACGUGGACCACGUAUGUUAACAGAUGAUGAAUUUAUGUUCGCUCGUUUACCACCAGAUCCACCACGGGAAUGUCAGGUUGUUUCAACAUCCGCUUAUUCAGUUCGGCUUGCAUGGGCACCAGCAUUUUCGGCUGAUGAUCAAGUUACCUACAAUAUACGUUAUCGGAUCAAGCAUCAAGAAAAUAGUAAAAUGCGUGAACUACGAGGUAUUCAAAAUCAUUCGGCGGAAAUAAUGAGCGUUGAUUCAUGUUCCUUGUAUGAGUUCCGUAUAACAGCUGUUUCACGUUUUGGCGAAAGCAAACCAGUUUACCUGGUGCAAUAUACAGAGCCACAACUUAGCCCACAACAUAUCUUGGCUCAACGUUUAAACGCGAACACCAUCGAGCUAUCAUGGGAACCACCUUAUAAACGCACCAGAGAAGUAACGAAUUAUAUUGUUUAUUAUACGGAAAAUCCCAAUGCUCAUUUCUCAGUUUGGGAGCGAAUCACAGUACGUGGGCAACGGAUAGUUUUUCCUGAUCUACGCUACGAUUGGUUUUACACAUUUUGUGCUACAGCUUGUUUUAAGGAUGGACAACGAUCACCACUAUCCAGAGCAUUAUUUGUCAAGACUGAUAAGCUGGAAUUCAGACCUAAAUGUGUUGGUCAAUCACAUACUAUUGAAGUAAUGAAUACGAUACUAUACUCAGAUGAAAUUAAUGAAAGAGUGCCCUUACUGCCUCGAGACUAUGUAUCAUUCCAAAAUUAA